GGGUCCCCGGUCCCCCAGCGAGCGUCAUGGAGCCUGGUGGCAGCGGCGGCCGCGCUCUGCCUGGUGUCAGCCACAUCCGUGUGGACCGCGGGGGCCGCGCCCAUGAGUAGGGAGGAGAAACAGAAGCUUGGGAAUCAAGUACUGGAAAUGUUUGAUCAUGCUUAUGGUAACUAUAUGGAACAUGCUUACCCAGCUGAUGAACUCAUGCCUUUAACCUGUAGAGGUCGUGUUAGAGGCCAGGAGCCAAGUCGGGGUGAUGUCGAUGAUGCCUUGGGAAA